CAUACCUUCCCACCCUUGCACCCUAUCGUCUGUUCUACCGACGAUCACCCUCUGUCACAUCUCCGGCGGAACGAUGGCAAAGAAGAACAGCUUGUCUUCUAAUCCUGCAGAUGCUGCUCGCAAAGCGGCUCGUCAAAGGGAAUUGAAGAAGAACAAGGCGGAUCGGGAAGCCGUGCGAGAGCAUGCUCUAGUCAAGAAGGACACCAGCACGCUCGAGAAUGAGAUCAGGCAGCUCGAGAGAUCCGGCAAGACGGGUCCAGAGCUAGAAGAUCUGAAGAGCGAGCUUCGGAAAGCAAAGGGAGCCAAAGACAAAUACCUGGAGAAACAUCCCGAGCAUAAAAAGUUCAUCUAUCCGCAUUCCCAGGAACAAAAGGCCGAGGAGACUGGUGAUCAUGGGAGGGGACUUUUUAGGCCCGAUGGAAAGCCUCGCUUCCCGGAGAGAAGCGUCUACUACCAUCCUGUCUUCAAUCCUUGGGGUGCGCCGCCUCCUGGUAUGCCAUACGCUGAGAAGCCUCCGCAUGAGUGGGCUUCGAGCAGUCAGCUGCCGGCUCAGCCGCCGCCGCCUUCAGUAGGCAGCUCACUACCCAACCCAGCAGGCGAUAGCGACGACGAUGAUGACAUUGCAAUGCCUCCCGGGCCACCACCUCCAAAAGCGACCCAAAACGGAGCUACGCACACUUCCGACCACGACAGCGAAGAUGACGAUGACGACGACGACAUCGUCAUGCCAUCUGGACCUCCUCCUUCAGCCGCAUUGCUUCCUAGACCUCCAUUCCAGCCACAGCAGCCCAUACAGCCGCAUUUGGGCAUCUACAGUGGUCCACCUCCGUAUGGUGUUCGGCCUCCGCCACCACCCCCCGUAGGUGGCUACCCAGGUCCCCACCGUGCAGCACCAGGGCCGAUGACGAAUCGUCCACCCUAUCCUUCUCACCUCUCACAAGGUCCUAUGAUGCGUCCAGCGCCACGACCGGGUCAUCCUUAUGCUCGAACCCAGGCUCGACCUCCUGUUCCGCCAGGCCUUGCCCAUCCUGCUGGACCGGCCAAUGGCGCUCCUCCCUCCAUGGCCCGGCCUCGCCCACCUCCAGACGCCCCGCUUGGGCCUUCCGCUGCUCGGUCAUCUACCUCAACAUCGGUAUCUGCGGCACCCUCGAUAGGUCAGACUGCUCCUGCCGCUCCCUCAGCGACCAUCAGCUCAGCUCCGCAACUCCGAGACCUCAAGAAGGAGGCUGUGACAUUCCUUCCGCCCUCUGUGAGGAAGCAGAAGUCAAAGGCGCAACAGAAGGCGAAGAUGGCCGGGUUGAGCAGAGGAAUCAGAGCCAAUCCAGACGUCGGAGACGAAGACGAGAGCGAGCACACCUUUGCUGGAGAAAUCUCGACCGAGCAACAGGCUCAGCAGGAAGUGCAUAAUGGGUAUGAAGAAGCAGAGAUGAACGAGGAGGAAGAGGAGAGGAGAGAACCCCAAGUCUCUCUAGAGGCUGCCCAACUUUACGUCCCUUCGGUGCAAGAGGCCUCUCCGGGACUCCCUGCAGCCCUCAAGGAACUCUCUCCUCCGCUGAAAGCGGAGAAGAAGACAUCUGUAAUGCCCUCUCUUGUUGGUUACUACGACUCCGAUGAGGAGGGAUCGGGCGAUGAGGACAGCUCUGAGCUGGACGAGACCGAUUCCCACAAUCAGGAGCGGAAAGAAAGCCCUUCUGCAAAGGCUACCGCAAGCUCCACUGUUAGCAAGGCAACACCUGCUCAGGGUAGAGUCAAUCUCGUUGAGGCCCUGAAGGCACAGAUGCCUGCAUCCGCUCAGCCAAAGAAGGCUGCGGAUGGCGACUAUGAGAAAUGGCUGCAAAGCAUUGGCGGUGCAUGACAAAUGGCGUGCUGUUAUCUCAGCAAAAGAUGUCAUUGUCUAGUCGUCUAGUCUAAUUCUACUGCACUUGCUGGUAUCUGGCCAAGCGCUCUUGCGCUGAUUGACCGUUCCACCUCUCUAUCGCAGUGUGAUCGAGAGUGGGAAGACCCAGCUGCUCAAUGAUGA